AUGAUAGUGAAAAGGUACAUCCACUCCAAAGAGAAACCGUUCAAAUGCGCCGACUGCGGCAAGGGCUUCUGCCAGUCGCGGACUCUAGCGGUGCACCGCACUCUGCACAUGGACGAGUCCCCGCACAAGUGCCCGGUGUGCGCGCGCUCCUUCAACCAGCGCUCCAACCUCAAGACGCACCUGCUCACGCACACCGACAUCAAGCCCUACAACUGCUCCACGUGCGGGAAGGUGUUCCGACGCAAUUGCGACCUGCGGCGCCACAGCCUCACGCACAAUCUGGGCGCCGCCGCCACCGCCGCCACCGCCUCCACGUCCAUGGCGUCGUCGUCGGCGGUGCAAUAGCGACAGUGCCCUCGCGAUUUGUGCGCCGGUGGUGGUGACAGUGUGUGCUUUGAAAGGAUUUGGCACGCUUGGAUAUUGUGUUGUACGUAAACAGUGGGGGAUAGUGUUAGAAAUUGUGAGUCGACAUAAUGCAUGUUUGGAAAGCAACCAUCAGUUCUGUGAACUAAUAGUUAGUAUGUUAAGGAGACCUCUAAAGAUGUUUCUUAUUCAGGUUUAAUAUGAUAUGAGUGAAUGGAAAUGAAAGAAGGGAAACAUGUGAAUAUUUUAAUAAGAUAAAGAUGAGAAACUUUAAUUCUGUUUAGAUAUAAGAGUGCAUCUGUGCAGAGAAGUGCGAUGUUCAUUUGAACAGUGUUGGGAAUGCGUUUUAAUGGGACAUUUCCUCUCCUAAUUAUUUGAAGAUUAUGUGCAUGGCUCCCAAGAGACGA